CCCUGUCAGUGAGCAGUGGCACCAUGGGGACUAUGGGUCCAGUUAUUUGGAUCCUUUCUACUUUGGCUCUUACACAUUCCUUAAGUGUACCACGAGUGAUGAAUCCGGCACACAACAACCUUGUCUGCAGCACCUGGGGAAAUUUUCACUAUAAGACCUUCGAUGGAGAAAUCUAUCAGUUUCCAGGAACAUGCAACUAUAUAUUUGCCUCAAACUGUAAAGACGCAUAUGAAGACUUCAACAUCCAGAUACGUCGUUCGUCAAGCUCAGAUAGGACAGUGGUGUCCCAUGUGGUGACAAAGAUUACGGGCAUUGUCAUCGAGAUGAAGAAAGGUGUGAUCGAAGUGGGAGGGAAAAGGGUCACUCUUCCAUACAGCCAGUUUGGAGUACAAAUUGAGUACAACAGUGUAUAUGUGCAAGUUUCUUCCAAGCUGGGAGUAGUGCUUUUAUGGAAUGAAGCUGAUUCUGUCACGGUAAAUGUUCCAUCAAAAUACAUGAACAGCACAUGUGGAUUGUGUGGAAACAUGAAUGGGCUGACUCAGGAUGAGUUUGUCGAUAAAAAUAUCCAGCUGACACCUGUGCAGUUUGGAAACCUGCAAAAGAUGGAUGGACCCACAGAGCAAUGUGAAGAUGUUGUACCAUCUACCCCUAAAAAUUGUGGCAAUCUGAAUGGGACCUGUGUCCGCAUGCUUUCCAAUGCAGCCUUCGAUGACUGUGACCUGCGUGUGCCUCAGGAUCUGUACAUCAAGGCCUGUGUGUCUGACCUCUGUAGCUGUAAGAAUUCAUCUGAUGCCUCAUGCUUCUGUGAUACCCUGUCUGAGUAUUCCCGGCAGUGCACCCAUGCUGGUGGGAUGCCCAAAAAUUGGAGAACCGGCACCAUGUGUGAGAGGACCUGUCCGAUGAACAUGAAGUAUAAUGAAUGUGGGUCACCGUGUGCUGAUACUUGUUCCAACUCUGAGCGGACGCUUGUAUGUGAAGAUCAUUGCAUAGAUGGCUGCUUCUGUCCACCAGGAACGGUACUGGAUGAUGUUGAUAACCGAGGUUGCAUCCCUCUCAGUAAAUGUUCCUGCACCUACAACAAUAAGACAUUUGCACCAGGAAAAUUUUAUACCAGCAACUGCCACAACUGCACUUGUCAUGGUGGUCAGUGGAGCUGUGAGGCUUUGCCUUGUGCUGGACGCUGCUCACUUGAGGGAGGCUCACAUGUCUACACCUAUGAUGGCGGUCACUAUAACUUCCAUGGAGACUGUAGCUACAUCUUUACCAAGGACUGUGUCACAAACAUGUUCACUGUGCUGACCGAGCUGAGGAAAUGUGGAGUGACCAAUACGGAAACUUGUCUGAGAAGUGUCACCCUGUCUUUGGCUCAAGGACAGAUAGUUCUGACAGUGAAGUCAUCAGGAACUGUGCUUCUGAAUGGGAUCUACACUCGUACACCAUUAGUCACAGAUAAUUUUGCUGUGUUGCAGCCAUCUUCUUUUUAUCUGGUCAUUCAGACCUUCAAUGGGAUCCAGAUCCAGGUUCAGCUUGUUCCAGUCAUGCAGGUCUCAGUGAGCCUGGACCCUGAGCACCAAGGAAAUGCAUGCGGACUCUGUGGUGACUUCAAUAAGGUCCGGACAGAUGAUUUUAAGUCUCUGAGUGGAGCACUUGAGGGGGCAGCAGCUGCCUUUGCCAACACCUGGAAGGGCCAGGCAGACUGCAGUGAUGUGAAGGACAGUUAUGAAAACCCAUGUGCACUAAGUGUAGACAAUGAGAGGUUUGCCAAGUUUUGGUGCUCUCAGCUCUCGGACAGCAAGGGAACCUUUGCCCAAUGCCAUGCUGUUGUGAAUCCAGCUGUGUAUGAGAAGAACUGUAUGUAUGACAGCUGUAACUAUGAGAAGAGUGAAGAACGUGUUUGUGCAGCCUUAUCUGCCUAUGCACGGGCCUGCGCUGCUGAGGGAGUGACUCUGGUUGGCUGGAGAGGCGACCUUUGCGAAAAAUACACAAAGGACUGCCCAAAAAACAGCACUUACCAGUACUCUAUUACUACUUGCCAGAAAAGCUGUCACUCUCUCAGUGAGCCUGACCCCAGCUGCAGCUUCCAUUUCACUCCCCUGGAUGGCUGUGCUUGUCCAAAUGGAACAUUCCUUGAUGACAAUGGAGCCUGUGUACCAGCUGGGAACUGCCCUUGUUACUACAGUGGUUCAAUGGUGCCCCCUGGAGAAGUCAUUUAUGACAAUGGUGCCAUGUGCACGUGUACAAGUGGAAAACUACGCUGUGUUGGGAAGACACUCAGUAUUGCAAAGUGCCCAAAAAACAUGGUUUAUUUUGACUGUGCCAAUGCGACAAAUGGAGCAAAUGGAGCAGAGUGUCAGAGGACAUGUCAGACCCUGGACAUGGAAUGUUUAAGUAUUCAGUGUGCCUCUGGCUGUGUCUGUCCGAAAGGGCUUGUGCUCAAUAACAAUGGCAAUUGUGUGCCCGAGGAAGAGUGUCCAUGUAUACACAAUGGUGAGGUUUACCACAGCGGGGAGAGCAUUCUGCAAGACUGUAAUACCUGUACUUGCAAGGACCGGAAAUGGCAAUGUACCGAGAAAGAGUGUCACAAGACCUGUGUAGUAUAUGGAGAAGGCCAUUAUAAAACAUUUGAUGGCAAACGUUUCAGUUUUAACGGUGUUUGCGAGUACACUCUGACACAGGACUACUGUGCAUCCAACCCUGGAAAUGGUUCAUUCAGAAUUAUCUCUGAAAACAUCCAAUGUGGAACAACUGGGACUACCUGUUCCAAGGCCAUUAAAGUAUUUUUGGGGAACUUUGAGUUGAAAUUGAGUGAUGGAUCCUUUGAAGUAGUGCAAAGAGAAACUGGUGGUGAUGUUCCCUACCAGAUAAGGAAGAUGGGAAUGUACCUGGUGAUUGAGGCUAAGAAUGGUUUGAUCCUCAUGUGGGACAAGAAGACAAGCAUUCUGAUCAAGUUAAGCCCAAAGUUCAAGGGAAAUGUUUGUGGCCUCUGUGGUAAUUAUGAUGGUAGUGUUUCCAAUGAUUUUACCACAAGAACACAAUCGGUUGUGGUUAACAUAGAAGAAUUUGGAAACAGCUGGAAAGCUUCACCAAGCUGCCCUGAUGCUCAGCGUCUAAAGGAUCCAUGCAUUGCCAAUCCAUACCGCCAGUCUUGGUCUCAGAAGCACUGCAGUAUUAUCAUGGAGGCAACAUUCUCGAAGUGCCAUUCUAAAGUUGACCCUACUCCAUACCUUGAGGCUUGUGUUAGUGACACAUGUGGGUGUGACACUGGAGGAGACUGUGAAUGCUAUUGUACAGCUGUCUCAGCUUAUGCCAGAGCUUGUAAUGAUGCCGGAAUCUGUGUUUCAUGGAGAAGCCCAGAAAUAUGCCCUAUGUUCUGUGAUUACUAUAACCCUGAAGGAGAGUGUGAGUGGCACUAUAAACCUUGUGGAGCUCCUUGCUUGAAGACCUGUAGGAACCCCAGUGGCCAGUGUAUGAACAACCUGCCAGGAUUAGAGGGAUGUUAUCCGAAAUGUCCCAAAGUGCGACCUUUCUUCGAUGAGGACAUCAUGAAGUGUGUAGCUCAAGUAGACUGUGGCUGCUAUGAUGAUGAAGGCGAUCGUUACAAUAUUGGGGAUAUGGUACCCUCCUACAAGAACUGUGAAAGCUGCAUUUGCACCAAGAAAGGUCGUCGCUGUCAAAUGGAUCUCAGAGCAUGCUACUGUUACUAUGGUAAUAUGAAGUUCAACUAUGGUGACAUCAUCUACAAUACCACUGAUGGAAUUGGAGGAUGCAUAACUGCUACAUGUUCAUCAAAUGGAACCAUUAUUAGAAGUGUCUAUCCAUGCUCAACUACGACCAAACCUGCCACUACCUUUCAUUUUGAUACCACUGCCAAGCAUGCAGAAAACAUAUCAACUCCAGUACCAGCUUCACCAACCUCUGUGUCUUGCCUUGAAGAAGUAUGUAAAUGGUCAGUGUGGUAUGACAUCACUUCUCCAACAUAUGGCGAAAAUGAAGGAGAUUUUGAAACCUUUGAGAAUAUAAGACAAAAAGGAUACACUGUAUGUAAAAUACCAACCCAGGUAGAAUGUCGAGCACAAAAGUUUCCAAAGAUCCCUAUUGUUGAUUUGGGUCAGAUUGUUACGUGCAAUACAUCUAUGGGACUUGUGUGUCAUAAUCGAGAUCAGUUCUCCCAGCUCUGCUUUAAUUAUGAGAUCCGAGUUCUGUGCUGUAGCUUUGUGCCUUGUGGAGAAUCAACCAAUCCAUCUUCUGACACUAUAGCUUCUUCACCAUUCAUGACAGUAACAUCAGAAUUUACAACGGCCUCAACUGUCCAACCAAAAGGCACUGUUAGCAAAGCACCAAGUCACUCAACCCAAGGGUUUUCAUCAAUAAAAGCAACAACUAUGUCUACUACUGAAAUGUCAAAACCAACAAGUACACCAUACGAGUACAUAUCUAAAUCCCAUGAAACAACUUUUACCACUCCCUGCAAAGAACAUAAAUGCUCUUGGACACCUUGGUAUGAUGUGCAUUUUCCCAGUAUUGGUGAAUCUGAUGGAGACUUUGAGACCCUGGAGAAUAUCAAAGCUGCUGGCAACAUUAUAUGUCAAAAACCAGACAAUAUUGAGUGUAAAGCUGAGAGAUUUCCAGAUAAAAGCAUUACAGAUGUGGGCCAGGUAGUUACUUGUGACAUCACUAAUGGUCUCAUUUGCAAUAACAAAGAUCAGAAUUCAAACUUUCCACUUUGCUACAAUUAUAGGGUUAGGAUCCUUUGUUGCUCCAUGGAGGAUUGUAAAUCAUCUACUACUUAUGUCCACUCUACAAUCAAGGAUCACGCAACAGAGCAUUUGAAAGAAACCACAAAAAUAACAUCUCCUAACAUAGAUACAGCAUCUCAUAAAACAACCACAGAAUCUGAGGUUACAUCUGCCCAUAAGUCUACAUCAAGUAAACCUGUAACAACAAAGGCAACAUCUCAAAAAGUAAGCACUUCAUCCCAUAAAUCUACCACAGAAUCUGAACAUGAAAUAGCCACCUCUCAUAGAACAAUUUCUAUUAAAACUACUAAAAUGUCUACAGCUUCUGGGGCAGUUACAUCUGCCCACAGGUCAACAUCAAGUAAGCCUAUUACAACCAAGGCAACAUCUCAUAAAGUUAGCACUGCAUCCCAUGAAUCAACUACAGAAUCUGAACAUGAAAAAUCCACUUCCCAUGGACCAAUUUCUAUUAAAACCACUAAAAUGUCUACAGAAUCUGGGGAAGUGACUUCUGCUCACAAGUCUACAUCUGUGAAGCCUAUUACAACCAAGGCAACAUCUCAUAAAGUAAGCACUGCAUCCCAUAAAUCAACUACAGACUCUGAACAUGAAAAAUCCACUUCCCAUGGACCAAUUUCGUUGAAAACCACUAAAACAUCUACAGAAUCUGGUGAAGUGACUUCUGCUCACAAGUCUACAUCUGUGAAGCCUAUUACAACCAAAGCAACAUCUCAUAAAGUAAGCACUGCAUCCCAUAAAUCAACUACAGAAUCUGAACAUGAAAAAUCCACUUCCCAUGGACCAAUUUCUUUGAAAACCACUAAAACAUCUACAGAAUCUGGUGAAGUGACUUCUGCUCACAAGUCUACAUCUGUGAAGCCUAUUACAACCAAGGCAACAUCUCAUAAAGUAAGCACUGCAUCCCAUAAAUCAACUACAGAAUCUGAACAUGAAAAAUCCACUUCCCAUGGACCAAUUUCUAUUAAAUCCACUAAAAUGUCUACAGAAUCUGGGGAAGUGACUUCUGCUCACAAGUCUACAUCUGUGAAGCAUAUUACAACCAAGGCAACAUCUCAUAAAGUAAGCACUGCAUCCCAUAAAUCAACUACAGACUCUGAACAUGAAAAAUCCACUUCCCAUGGACCAAUUUCUUUGAAAACCACUAAAACAUCUACAGAAUCUGAUGGAGUGACUUCUGCUCACAAGUCUACAUCUGUGAAGCCUAUUACAACCAAGGCAACAUCUCAUAAAGUAAGCACUGCAUCCCAUAAAUCAACUACAGAAUCUGAACAUGAAAAAUCCACUUCACAUGGACCAAUUUCUUUGAAAACCACUAAAACAUCUACAGAAUCUGGUGAAGUGACUUCUGCUCACAAGUCUACAUCUGUGAAGCCUAUUACAACCAAGGCAACAUCUCAUAAAGUAAGCACUGCAUCCCAUAAAUCAACUACAGAAUCUGAACAUGAAAAAUCCACUUCACAUGGACCAAUUUCUUUGAAAACCACUAAAACAUCUACAGAAUCUGGUGAAGUGACUUCUGCUCACAAGUCUACAUCUGUGAAGCCUAUUACAACCAAGGCAACAUCUCAUAAAGUAAGCACUGCAUCCCAUAAAUCAACUACAGAAUCUGAACAUGAAAAAUCCACUUCCCAUGGACCAAUAUCUAUUAAAACCACUAAAAUGUCUACAGAAUCUGGGGAAGUGACUUCUGCUCACAAGUCUACAUCUGUGAAGCCUAUUACAACCAAGGCAACAUCUCAUAAAGUAAGCACUGCAUCCCAUAAAUCAACUACAGACUCUAAACAUGAAAAAUCCACUUCCCAUAGACCAAUUUCGUUGAAAACCACUAAAAUGUCUACAGAAUCUGGUGAAGUGACUUCUGCUCACAAGUCUACAUCUGUAAAGCCUAUUACAACCAAAGCAACAUCUCAUAAAGUAAGCACUGCAUCCCAUAAAUCAACUACAAAAUCUGAACAUGAAAAAUCCACUUCCCAUGGACCAAUUUCUUUGAAAACCACUAAAACAUCUACAGAAUCUGGUGAAGUGACUUCUGCUCACAAGUCUACAUCUGUGAAGCCUAUUACAACCAAGGCAACAUCUCAUAAAGUAAGCACUGCAUCCCAUAAAUCAACUACAGAAUCUGAACAUGAAAAAUCCACUUCCCAUGGACCAAUUUCUAUUAAAACCACUAAAAUGUCUACAGAAUCUGGGGAAGUGACUUCUGCUCACAAGUCUACAUCUGUGAAGCCUAUUACAACCAAGGCAACAUCUCAUAAAGUAAGCACUGCAUCCCAUAAAUCAACUACAGACUCUGAACAUGAAAAAUCCACUUCCCAUGGACCAAUUUCUUUGAAAACAACUAAAACAUCUACAGAAUCUGGUGAAGUGACUUCUGCACACAAGUCUACAUCUGUGAAGUCUAUUACAACCAAGGCAACAUCUCAUAAAGUAAGCACUGCAUCCCAUAAAUCAACUACAGAAUCUGAACAUGAAAAAUCCACUUCCCAUGGACCAAUUUCUUUGAAAACCACUAAAACAUCUACAGAAUCUGGUGAAGUGACUUCUGCUCACGAGUCUACAUCUGUGAAGCCUAUUACAAGCAAGGCAACAUCUCAUAAAGUAAGCACUGCAUCCCAUAAAUCAACUACAGAAUCUGAACAUGAAAAAUCCACUUCCCAUGGACCAAUUUCUAUUAAAACCACUAAAAUGUCUACAGAAUCUGGGGAAGUGACUUCUGCUCACAAGUCUACAUCUGUGAAACCUAUUACAACCAAGGCAACAUCUCAUAAAAUAAGCACUGCAUCCCAUAAAUCAACUACAGAAUCUGAACAUGAAAAAUCCACUUCCCAUGGACCAAUUUCUAUUAAAACCACUAAAAUGUCUACAGAAUCUGGUGAAGUGACUUCUGCUCACAAGUCUACCUCUGUGAAGCCUAUUACAACCAAGGCAACAUCUCAUAAAGUAAGCACUGCAUCCCAUAAAUCAACUACAGAAUCUAAACAUGAAAAAUCCACUUCCCAUGGACCAAUUUCUAUUAAAACCACUAAAAUGUCUACAGAAUCUGGGGAAGUGACUUCUGCUCACAAGUCUACAUCUGUGAAACAUAUUACAACCAAGGCAACAUCUCAUAUAAUAAGCACUGCAUCCCAUAAAUCAACUACAGAAUCUGAACAUGAAAAAUCCACUUCCCAUAGACCAAUUUCUAUUAAAACCACUAAAAUGUCUACAGAAUCUGGGGAAGUGACUUCUGCUCACAAGUCUACAUCUGUGAAACCUAUUACAACCAAGGCAACAUCUCAUAAAGUAAGCACUGCAUCCCAUAAAUCAACUACAGAAUCUGAACAUGAAAAAUCCACUUCCCAUGGACCAAUUUCUUUGAAAACAACUAAAACAUCUACAGAAUCUGGUGAAGUGACUUCUGCUCACAAGUCUACAUCCGUGAAGUCUAUUACAACCAAGGCAACAUCUCAUAAAGUAAGCACUGCAUCCCAUAAAUCAACUACAGAAUCUGAACAUGAAAAAUCCACUUCCCAUGGACCAAUUUCUUUGAAAACCACUAAAACAUCUACAGAAUCUGGUGAAGUGACUUCUGCUCACAAGUCUACAUCUGUGAAACCUAUUACAACCAAGGCAACAUCUCAUAAAGUAAGCACUGCAUCCCAUAAAUCAACUACAGAAUCUAAACAUGAAAAAUCCACUUCCCAUGGACCAAUUUCUAUUAAAACCACUAAAACAUCUACAGAAUCUGGGGAAGUGACUUCUGCUCACAAGUCUACAUCUGUGAAACCUAUUACAACCAAGGCAACAUCUCAUAAAGUAAGCACUGCAUCCCAUAAAUCAACUACAGAAUCUAAACAUGAAAAAUCCACUUCCCAUGGACCAAUUUCUAUUAAAACCACUAAAAUGUCUACAGAAUCUGGGGAAGUGACUUCUGCUCACAAGUCUACAUCUGUGAAACCUAUUACAACCAAGGCAACAUCUCAUAAAGUAAGCACUGCAUCCCAUAAAUCAACUACAGAAUCUAAACAUGAAAAAUCCACUUCCCAUGGACCAAUUUCUAUUAAAACCACUAAAAUGUCUACAGAAUCUGGUGAAGUGACUUCUGCUCACAAGUCUACAUCUGUGAAACCUAUUACAACCAAGGCAACAUCUCAUAAAAUAAGCACUGCAUCCCAUAAAUCAACUACAGAAUCUGAACAUGAAAAAUCCACUUCCCAUGGACCAAUUUCUAUUAAAACCACCAAAAUGUCUACAGAAUUUGGGGAAGUGACUUCUGUUCACAAGUCUACAUCUGUGAAGCCUAUUACAACCAAGGCAACAUCUCAUAAAAUAAGCACUGCAUCCCAUAAAUCAACUACAGAAUCUGAACAUGAAAAAUCCACUUCCCAUGGACCAAUUUCUUUGAAAACCACCAAAACAUCUACAGAAUCUGGAGAAGUGACAUCUACCCACAGGUCUACAUCAAGCAAGCCUAUAACAACGACAGCUACAUCUCAUAAAGUAAGCACUGCAUCUCCCAAAUCAACUACAGAAUCCGAAGGUAAAAAAUCCACCUCUCUUGGAUCAAUUUCUGUUAAAACCACUAAAAUGUCUACAGAUUCAGGGGAAGUUACAUCUGAGCACAAGUCCACAUCAAGUAAGCCUAUAACAACAAAGACUACAUCUCAUAAAGGAAGCACUGCGUCCCACAGAUCAACUACAGAAUCUGAACAUGAAAAAUCCACCUCCCAUAGACCAAUUUCUAUUAAAACCACUAAAAUGUCUACAGAAUCUGGGGAAGUGACUUCUGCUCAUAAGUCUACAUCUGUGAAGCCUAUUACAACCAAGGCAACAUCUCAUAAAGUAAGCACUGCAUCCCAUAAAUCAACUACAGACUCUGAACAUGAAAAAUCCACUUCCCAUGGACCAAUUUCGUUGAAAACCACUAAAACAUCUACAGAAUCUGGUGAAGUGACUUCUGCUCACAAGUCUACAUCUGUGAAGCCUAUUACAACCAAGGCAACAUCUCAUAAAGUAAGCACUGCAUCCCAAAAAUCAACUACAGAAUCUGAACAUGAAAAAUCCACUUCCCAUGGACCAAUUUCUAUUAAAACCACUAAAAUGUCUACAGAAUCUGGGGAAGUGACUUCUGCUCAAAAGUCUACAUCUGUGAAGCCUAUUACAACCAAGGCAACAUCUCAUAAAGUAAGCACUGCAUCCCAUAAAUCAACUACAGAAUCUAAACAUGAAAAAUCCACUUCCCAUGGACCAAUUUCUAUUAAAACCACUAAAAUGUCUACAGAAUCUGGGGAAGUGACUUCUGCUCACAAGUCUACAUCUGUGAAACCUAUUACAACCAAGGCAACAUCUCAUAUAAUAAGCACUGCAUCCCAUAAAUCAACUACAGAAUCUGAACAUGAAAAAUCCACUUCCCAUAGACCAAUUUCUAUUAAAACCACUAAAAUGUCUACAGAAUCUGGGGAAGUGACUUCUGCUCACAAGUCUACAUCUGUGAAACCUAUUACAACCAAGGCAACAUCUCAUAAAGUAAGCACUGCAUCCCAUAAAUCAACUACAGAAUCUGAACAUGAAAAAUCCACUUCCCAUGGACCAAUUUCUUUGAAAACCACUAAAACAUCUACAGAAUCUGGUGAAGUGACUUCUGCUCACAAGUCUACAUCUGUGAAGCCUAUUACAACCAAGGCAACAUCACAUAAAGUAAGCACUGCAUCCCAUAAAUCAACUACAGAAUCUGAACAUGAAAAAUCCACUUUCUAUGGACCAAUUUCUUUGAAAACCACUAAAACAUCUACAGAAUCUGGUGAAGUGACUUCUGCUCACAAGUCUACAUCUGUGAAGCCUAUUACAACCAAGGCAACAUCUCAUAAAGUAAGCACUGCAUCCCAUAAAUCAACUACAGAAUCUAAACCUGAAAAAUCCACUUCCCAUGGACCAAUUUCUAUUAAAACCACUAUAAUGUCUACAGAAUCUGGGGAAGUGACUUCUGCUCACAAGUCUACAUCUGUGAAACCUAUUACAACCAAGGCAACGUCUCAUAAAUUAAGCACUGCAUCCCAUAAAUCAACUACAGAAUCUGAACAUGAAAAAUCCACCUCCCAUGGACCAAUUUCUAUUAAAACCACUAAAAUGUCUACAGAAUCUGGGGAAGUGACUUCUGCUCACAAGUCUACAUCUGUGAAACCUAUUACAACCAAGGCAACAUCUCAUAAAGUAAGCACUGCAUCCCACAAAUCAACUACAGAAUCUAAACAUGAAGAAUCCACUUCCCAUGGACCAAUUUCUAUUAAAACCACUAAAAUGUCUACAGAAUCUGGGGAAGUGACUUCUGCUCACAAGUAUACAUCUGUGAAACCUAUUACAACCAAGGCAACAUCUCAAAAAAUAAGCACUGCAUCCCAUAAAUCAACUACAGAAUCUGAACAUGAAAAAUCCACUUCCCAUGGACCAAUUUCUAUUAAAACCACUAAAAUGUCUACAGAAUCUGGGGAAGUGACUUCUGCUCAAAAGUCUACAUCUGUGAAGCCUAUUACAACCAAGGCAACAUCUCAUAAAGUAAGCACUGCAUCCCAUAAAUCAACUACAGAAUCUAAACAUGAAAAAUCCACUUCCCAUGGACCAAUUUCUAUUAAAACCACUAAAAUGUCUACAGAAUCUGGGGAAGUGACUUCUGCUCACAAGUCUACAUCUGUGAAACCUAUUACAACCAAGGCAACAUCUCAUAUAAUAAGCACUGCAUCCCAUAAAUCAACUACAGAAUCUGAACAUGAAAAAUCCACUUCCCAUAGACCAAUUUCUAUUAAAACCACUAAAAUGUCUACAGAAUCUGGGGAAGUGACUUCUGCUCACAAGUCUACAUCUGUGAAACCUAUUACAACCAAGGCAACAUCUCAUAAAGUAAGCACUGCAUCCCAUAAAUCAACUACAGAAUCUGAACAUGAAAAAUCCACUUCCCAUGGACCAAUUUCUUUGAAAACCACUAAAACAUCUACAGAAUCUGGUGAAGUGACUUCUGCUCACAAGUCUACAUCUGUGAAGCCUAUUACAACCAAGGCAACAUCACAUAAAGUAAGCACUGCAUCCCAUAAAUCAACUACAGAAUCUGAACAUGAAAAAUCCACUUCCUAUGGACCAAUUUCUUUGAAAACCACUAAAACAUCUACAGAAUCUGGUGAAGUGACUUCUGCUCACAAGUCUACAUCUGUGAAGCCUAUUACAACCAAGGCAACAUCUCAUAAAGUAAGCACUGCAUCCCAUAAAUCAACUACAGAAUCUAAACCUGAAAAAUCCACUUCCCAUGGACCAAUUUCUAUUAAAACCACUAUAAUGUCUACAGAAUCUGGGGAAGUGACUUCUGCUCACAAGUCUACAUCUGUGAAACCUAUUACAACCAAGGCAACGUCUCAUAAAAUAAGCACUGCAUCCCAUAAAUCAACUACAGAAUCUGAACAUGAAAAAUCCACCUCCCAUGGACCAAUUUCUAUUAAAACCACUAAAAUGUCUACAGAAUCUGGGGAAGUGACUUCUGCUCACAAGUCUACAUCUGUGAAACCUAUUACAACCAAGGCAACAUCUCAUAAAGUAAGCACUGCAUCCCACAAAUCAACUACAGAAUCUAAACAUGAAGAAUCCACUUCCCAUGGACCAAUUUCUAUUAAAACCACUAAAAUGUCUACAGAAUCUGGGGAAGUGACUUCUGCUCACAAGUCUACAUCUGUGAAACCUAUUACAACCAAGGCAACAUCUCAAAAAAUAAGCACUGCAUCCCAUAAAUCAACUACAGAAUCUGAACAUGAAAAAUCCACUUCCCAUGGACCAAUUUCUAUUAAAACCACUAAAAUGUCUACAGAAUCUGGGGAAGUGACUUCUGCUCACAAGUCUACAUCUGUGAAACCUAUUACAACCAAGGCAACAUCUCAAGAAAUAAGCACUGCAUCCCAUAAAUCAACUACAGAAUCUGAACAUGAAAAAUCCACUUCCCAUGGACCAAUUUCUAUUAAAACCACUAAAAUGUCUACAGAAUCUGGGGAAGUGACUUCUGCUCACAAGUCUACAUCUGUGAAGCCUAUUACAACCAAGGCAACAUCUCAUAAAGUAAGCACUGCAUCCCAUAAAUCAACUACAGAAUCUAAACAUGAAAAAUCCACUUCCCAUGGACCAAUUUCUAUUAAAACCACUAAAAUGUCUACAGAAUCUGGGGAAGUGACUUCUGCUCACAAGUCUACAUCUGUGAAACCUAUUACAACCAAGGCAUCAUCUCAUAUAAUAAGCACUGCAUCCCAUAAAUCAACUACAGAAUCUGAACAUGAAAAAUCCACUUCCCAUGGACCAAUUUCUAUUAAAACCACUAAAAUGUCUACAGAAUCUGGGGAAGUGACUUCUGCUCACAAGUCUACAUCUGUGAAACCUAUUACAACCAAGGCAACAUCUCAUAAAGUAAGCACUGCAUCCCAUAAAUCAACUACAGAAUCUGAACAUGAAAAAUCCACUUCCCAUGGACCAAUUUCUAUUAAAACCACUAAGAUGUCUACAGAAUCUGGGGAAGUGACUUCUGCUCAUAAGUCUACAUCUGUGAAGCCUAUUACAACCAAGGCAACAUCUCAUAAAGUAAGCACCGCAUCCCAUAAAUCAACUACAGACUCUGAACAUGAAAAAUCUACUUCCCAUGGACCAAUUUCUUUGAAAACCACUAAAACAUCUACAGAAUCUGGUGAAGUGACUUCUGCUCACAAGUCUACAUCUGUGAAGCCUAUUACAACCAAGGCAACAUCUCAUAAAGUAAGCACUGCAUCCCAUAAAUCAACUACAGAAUCUGAACAUGAAAAAUCCACUUCCCAUGGACCAAUUUCUUUGAAAACCACUAAAACAUCUACAGAAUCUGGUGAAGUGACUUCUGCUCACAAGUCUACAUCUGUGAAGCCUAUUACAACCAAGGCAACAUCUCAUAAAGUAAGCACUGCAUCCCAUAAAUCAACUACAGAAUCUGAACAUGAAAAAUCCACUUCCCAUGGACCAAUUUCUAUUAAAACCACUAAAAUGUCUACAGAAUCUGGGGAAGUGACUUCUGCUCACAAGUCUACAUCUGUGAAACCUUUUACAACCAAGGCAACAUCUCAAAAAAUAAGCACUGCAUCCCAUAAAUCAACUACAGAAUCUGAACAUGAAAAAUCCACUUCCCAUGGACCAAUUUCUAUUAAAACCACUAAAAUGUCUACAGAAUCUGGGGAAGUGACUUCUGCUCACAAGUCUACAUCUGUGAAGCCUAUUACAACCAAGGCAACAUCUCAUAAAGUAAGCACUGCAUCCCAUAAAUCAACUACAGAAUCUAAACAUGAAAAAUCCACUUCCCAUGGACCAAUUUCUAUUAAAACCACUAAAAUGUCUACAGAAUCUGGGGAAGUGACUUCUGCUCACAAGUCUACAUCUGUGAAACCUAUUACAACCAAGGCAUCAUCUCAUAUAAUAAGCACUGCAUCCCAUAAAUCAACUACAGAAUCUGAACAUGAAAAAUCCACUUCCCAUGGACCAAUUUCUAUUAAAACCACUAAAAUGUCUACAGAAUCUGGGGAAGUGACUUCUGCUCACAAGUCUACAUCUGUGAAACCUAUUACAACCAAGGCAACAUCUCAUAAAGUAAGCACUGCAUCCCAUAAAUCAACUACAGAAUCUGAACAUGAAAAAUCCACUUCCCAUGGACCAAUUUCUAUUAAAACCACUAAAAUGUCUACAGAAUCUGGGGAAGUGACUUCUGGUCACAAGUCUACAUCUGUGAAGUCUAUUACAACCAAGGCAACAUCUCAUAAAAUAAGCACUGCAUCCCAUAAAUCAACUACAGAAUCUGAACAUGAAAAAUCCACUUCCCAUGGACCAAUGUCUUUGAAAACCACUAAAAUAUCUACAGAAUCUGGGGAAGUGACUUCUGCUCAAAAGUCUACAUCUGUGAAGCCUAUUACAACCAAGGCAACAUCUCAUAAAGUAAGCACUGCAUCCCAUAAAUCAACUACAGAAUCUAAACAUGAAAAAUCCACUUCCCAUGGACUAAUUUCUAUUAAAACCACUAAAAUGUCUACAGAAUCUGGGGAAGUGACUUCUGCUCACAAGUCUACAUCUGUGAAACCUAUUACAACCAAGGCAACAUCUCAUAUAAUAAGCACUGCAUCCCAUAAAUCAACUACAGAAUCUGAACAUGAAAAAUCCACUUCCCAUGGACCAAUUUCUAUUAAAACCACUAAAAUGUCUACAGAAUCUGGGGAAGUGACUUCUGCUCACAAGUCUACAUCUGUGAAACCUAUUACAACCAAGGCAACAUCUCAUAAAGUAAGCACUUUAUCCCACAAAUCAACUACAGAAUCUAAACAUGAAAAAUCCACUUCCCAUGGACCAAUUUCUAUUAAAACCACUAAAAUGUCUACAGAAUCUGGGGAAGUGACUUCUGCUCACAAGUCUACAUCUGUGAAACCUAUUACAACCAAGGCAACAUCUCAUAAAAUAAGCACUGCAUCCCAUAAAUCAACUACAGAAUCUGAACAUGAAAAAUCCACUUCCCAUGGGCCAAUUUCUAUUAAAACCACUAAAAUGUCUACAGAAUCUGGGGAAGUGACUUCUGCUCACAAGUCUACAUCUGUGAAACCUAUUACAACCAAGGCAACAUCUCAUAAAAUAAGCACAGCAUCCCAUAAAUCAACUACAGAAUCUGAACAUGAAAAAUCCACUUCCCAUGGACCAAUUUCUAUUAAAACCACUAAAAUGUCUACAGAAUCUGGGGAAGUGACUUCUGUUCACAAGUCUACAUCUGUGAAGUCGAUUACAACCAAGGCAACAUCUCAUAAAAUAAGCACUGCAUCCCACAAAUCAACUACAGAAUCUGAACAUGAAAAAUCCACUUCCCAUGGACCAAUGUCUUUGAAAACCACUAAAACAUCUACAGAAUCUGGUGAAGUGACUUCUGCUCACAAGUCUACAUCUGUGAAGCCUAUUACAACCAAGGCAACAUCUCAUGAAGUAAGCACUGCAUCCCAUAAAUCAACUACAGGAUCUGAACAUGAAAAAUCCACUUCCCAUGGACCAAUUUCUAUUAAAACCACUAAAAUGUCUACAGAAUCUGGGGAAGUGACUUCUGCUCACAAGUCUACAUCUGUGAAACCUAUUACAACCAAGGCAACAUCUCAUAAAAUAAGCACUGCAUCCCAUAAAUCAACUACAGAAUCUGAACAUGAAAAAUCCACCUCCCAUGGACCAAUUUCUAUUAAAACCACUAAAAUGUCUACAGAAUCUGGGGAAGUGACUUCUGCUCACAAGUCUACAUCUGUGAAACCUAUUACAACCAAGGCAACAUCUCAUAAAGUAAGCACUUUAUCCCACAAAUCAACUACAGAAUCUAAACAUGAAAAAUCCACUUCCCAUGGACCAAUUUCUAUUAAAACCACUAAAAUGUCUACAGAAUCUGGGGAAGUGACUUCUGCUCACAAGUCUACAUCUGUGAAACCUAUUACAACCAAGGCAACAUCUCAUAAAGUAAGCACUUUAUCCCACAAAUCAACUACAGAAUCUAAACAUGAAAAAUCCACUUCCCAUGGACCAAUUUCUAUUAAAACCACUAAAAUGUCUACAGAAUCUGGGGAAGUGACUUCUGCUCACAAGUCUACAUCUGUGAAACCUAUUACAACCAAGGCAACAUCUCAUGAAGUAAGCACUGCAUCCCAUAAAUCAACUACAGAAUCUAAACAUGAAAAAUCCACUUCCCAUGGACCAAUUUCUAUUAAAACCACUAAAAUGUCUACAGAAUCUGGGGAAGUGACUUCUGCUCACAAGUCUACAUCUGUGAAACCUAUUACAACCAAGGCAACAUCUCAUAAAAUAAGCACUGCAUCCCAUAAAUCAACUACAGAAUCUGAACAUGAAAAAUCCACUUCCUAUGGCCCAAUUUCUAUUAAAACCACUAAAAUGUCUACAGAAUCUAGGGAAGUGACUUCUGCUCACAAGUCUACAUCUGUGAAACCUAUUACAACCAAGGCAACAUCUCAUAAAAUAAGCACUGCAUCCCAUAAAUCAACUACAGAAUCUGAACAUGAAAAAUCCACUUCCCAUGGACCAAUUUCUAUUAAAACCACUAAAAUGUCUACAGAAUCUGGGGAAGUGACUUCUGUUCACAAGUCUACAUCUAUGAAGUCGAUUACAACCAAGGCAACAUCUCAUAAAAUAAGCACUGCAUCCCAUAAAUCAACUACAGAAUCUGAACAUGAAAAAUCCACUUCCCAUGGACCAAUGUCUUUGAAAACCACUAAAACAUCUACAGAAUCUGGUGAAGUGACUUCUGCUCACAAGUCUACAUCUGUGAAGCCUAUUACAACCAAGGCAACAUCUCAUGAAGUAAGCACUGCAUACCAUAAAUCAACUACAGGAUCUGAACAUGAAAAAUCCACUUCCCAUGGACCAAUUUCUAUUAAAACCACUAAAAUGUCUACAGAAUAUGGGGAAGUGACUUCUGCUCACAAGUCUACAUCUGUGAAGCCUAUUACAACCAAGGCAACAUCUCAUACAAUAAGCACUGCAUCCCAUAAAUCAACUACAGAAUCUGAACAUGAAAAAUCCACUUCCCAUGGACCAAUUUCUAUUAAAACCACUAAAAUGUCUACAGAAUCUGGUGAAGUGACUUCUGCUCACAAGUCUACAUCUGUGAAGCCUAUUACAACCAAGGCAACAACUCAUAAAGUAAGCACCGCAUCCCAUAAAUCAACUACAGAAUCUGAACAUGAAAAAUCCACUUCCCAUGGACCAAUUUAUUUGAAAACCACUAAAACAUCUACAGAAUCUGGUGAAGUGACAUCUGCCCACAGGUCUACAUCGAGUAAGCCUAUAACAACCACAGCUACAUCUCAUAAAGUAAGCACUGCAUCUCCCCAAUCAACUACAGAAUCCGAAGGUAAACAAUCCACCUCCCAUGGAUCAAUUUCUGUUAAAACCACUAAAAUGUCUACAGAUUCAGGGGAAGUUACAUCUGAGCACAAGUCCACAUCAAGUAAGCCUAUGACAACAAAGACUACAUCUGCGUCCCACAUAUCAACUACUGAAUCUGAAGUUAAAAUAUCCACCUCCCAUAGACCAAUUUCUAUUAAAACCACUGAGAGCACAGCAGCGACCACCAGGGAAACAUUCAGUUCUCAACAACCUAUGUCAACUAAACAAUCAACUUCAUCUACAUUUGGAAGUCGUAGCACUGAAAGCACUGUUUCCAAGACAUCAAGACCAGUUACAGCAGGCCCGGAAUCAUUUUCUACCACCAGGUGUAUGUGCAAUUUUAACGGAACUAUAGUUUCUCCUGGCAAUGUUCUAUAUAACACAACAGACAAUGAAGGCUGGUGCUUCUACGCACGAUGCAAUGACAAGUGUCAGGUAGAGAGAUACAGUGAACCUUGUUCUACUGCGCCUACUGUGUCAAGCAGCACCAAGACUGCUAAAACGGUGACUGUUAGUACUGCCACCACUAUCACCUCAAAGACAGGAAGCACAACAAAAACACCCGCAACAAGCACUAAGACUGCACAGACGAAGACUUCAGCAUCAAGUGUCAGCUCAGCGGGCACCCCAACUCCUGGCUGUAGUGCAGUUAUGCCUCCAAAAAAGGUGAAUGAAACCUGGAUGAUAGAUCAAUGUACCCAUGCUACCUGUAUUGGUCAAAACAAUAUUGUCGUAAACAAAAAAGAGUGUGCACCAGUUAAAAAUGUGGUCUGUGCCAACCGUUUAAAGCCCAGGAAAACAUUUGAUGAGAGUGGCUGCUGCUAUCAGAACGAGUGUGAUUGUGUCUGUGGUGGUUGGGGAACAUCCCAUUAUGUCACCUUUGAUGGUACCUACUAUGCUUUUAAUGGACAAUGCACAUAUAUCCUUGUUCAGCAAAUCACUCCAGUCUUCGACCACUUUCGGGUUUAUAUCGAUAAUUUUGCUUGUGACCCCGAAGACCCAUCUUGUGUUAAGUCCCUUCGUAUUAUGUACAAUAAUGAUACGAUCGUCCUGACCUCUCAAUCUUUGAUCAACCGAAUAACAAACAAGAUUUACAUCAACAAUGAAAGAGUAUACCCUGCAAUCAACAAAAAUGGUAUAACUAUUACAUCCUCAGGCAUUUUUAUGGUAGUGGAGAUACCAGAAAUUGGAGCAUACAUGUCCUUCAAUGUUCUUAGUUUCACUGUCAGGUUGCCAAUCAACAAGUUCUCGGGCAAUACUGAAGGUCAUUGUGGAAAGUGUUCUAACAGUCAAACAGAUGAUUGCAUUUUGCCUAACGGACAGCAGGCUUCAUCGUGUACUGAGAUGGCAGGACAUUGGGGAGUACCAAAUCAGGACUCGUCAUCAUGCAGUUCCAUCACCACCAGUGCCCCCAUUGUUAGUAACCAGCCAACAUUAUCUUACUCUCCCCUUCUAUCCACAUACUUCUCCACUCACUCGUUCAGUGUACCUCAAACUCUACCAACUGUAGUUCCAUCAAUGGAAGUGUCUCUACUUCCAUCAAUAUUUUCCACCGCAGUCCAAACAACAGAGGAACCCUGCAACACCCCUGAAGUCUGCAUGGUUAUUCUGAGCAGUGUCUUCAAGGAAUGCCAUAAAGUUGUACCACCAGAGCCAUUCUAUCAAGCUUGUGUUAGUGAUGGCUGCACCAAAACAGAAGGCGAGGUUUUGUGCUCCAGUUUACAAAGCUAUGCUAGGCUUUGUGGAAUUGAAGGUGUCUGCAUCGACUGGAGAGAUAGCACUAAUGGCGCAUGUCCCAAGAACUGUUCCUCACACCUCGUAUACAAACCAUGUGGGCCUGCUGUAGAACCCACCUGUAACUCGAAGUACAAUAAUGAAUUCUAUAACAAGACCACAGAUUUCUUAGAAGGAUGCUACUGUCCUGAGGGCACUACAAAAUUCAACACCAUAUCAGACAAAUGUGUAACCAGUUGCGGAUGUACUGGCCCAGAUGGAAUGCCUAGAGAGCCGGGAGAAACAUGGGAAAGCAACUGUCAGACCUGUAUGUGUGAUAAUGCAACAAUGAGUGUGCAGUGUGCAGCAAAAUCCUGUCCAAUGUCUACUCCGGCACCCUGUACUGAAGAAGGAUCUAUGCCGGUUUCUGUACUCGACUCAUCGAACCCCUGCUGUCAUAUCACAGAAUGCCGUUGCAACAUCAGUCUGUGUACCAAUGUAAAAGCAGUUUGUGAGCCUGGCUAUGAAGCUGUGCUGCAGAUGAAUGCAGGAGGUUGCUGUCCAGUUUACGAAUGUGUUCCAAAAGAUGUCUGUGUUCAUAAUGGAACAGAGUACCAGUCAGGUGGAAUUGUUCCUUCUUCCAACCCCUGUGAAAUGUGCAUGUGUGAUGGCACAAUGAAUAUGACUUCGGAAAUGCACAAUAUAAACUGCACUCCAGUUUUGUGUAGCAUCAAAUGUGCAGAGGGCUUUACUUACCAAAAAGUUCCUGGACAAUGUUGUGGAACCUGUGUACAGACUCAGUGUAUCAUGGAUCUUCCUGAUAACUCCACUUAUCUGCUUAAUCCUGGAGAAACCUGGUCACAUCCUGGAGAUAACUGUACUGAGUAUGAAUGUGUGAAAAAUAAAGGCAAAUUAUUGAGUGUGGCAUCCAAAAGAUCAUGUCCAAAGAUCAACCUGGAUGACUGUGUACCGGGAACAAUUGGGAAAGACAGUAAAGGAUGUUGCCUAACUUGUGUCCAAGAAAAAACCGAGUGUCAGAAGGUAAAGACUGAGGAGAUCAUCCUUCAGAAUGGCUGCAAGUCUCUGAAGCCUAUAAAGAUGUCCCAUUGCGAAGGGAGCUGUGAAAGCUACUCCAGGUACUCGGCAAAAACCAAAUCUAUGGAGCACAAAUGUAGUUGUUGUCGGGAGACAGAAACAGAAAUAGUAACCAUUGAAUUAGGCUGUCCAAAUGGUAAUAUAAUCAAAUACAGCUUUGUUGAUAUCAAGAAGUGUUCCUGUGCUGACUCCGUUUGCAGUAAAGAAGAAGAUGGAGAAACUCCUUAUGUGACAAACUCUAUACCUCAAACCACUGUAAAAGUAAAGAAGGCUACAAAGCCGACCAAGGACAGCAAAGGUCAACAAAGAGAGAGCAAAGAAUCAGGAUCAGAGUCUAUCGAAAAUAAAGAGCCUGACACUAGAUCAGAGGAAACAAAUAAGUCUAAGCCAAUAUCACAGCCAGGUGGGAAACAGGUAACAAAGCAAGUCCCCCAGAGCACAAAGAAAGGUCCAAAUACAUCAACGAAAUCCACAGAAAUGUUGAAGAAAAGCAACAUGCCAGGAAUUGGGGAAACUCCUUAUGUGACAAACUCUAUACCUCAAACCACUGUAAAAGUAAAGAAGGCUACAAAGCCGACCAAGGACAGCAAAGGUCAACAAAGAGAGAGCAAAGAAUCAGGAUCAGAGUCUAUUGAAAAUAAAGAGCCUGACACUAGCUCAGAGGAGACAAAUAAGUCUAAGCCAAUAUCACAGCCAGGUGGGAAACAGGUAACAAAGCAAGUCCCCCAGAGCACAAAGAAAGGUCCAAAUACAUCAACGAAAUCCACAGAAAGGUUGAGGAAAAUCAUAUGGGAAAAUAAGUAAUAAUAAUUAGUACUUGAUCACCUAAUCAAAAACAAGCAAAAUAUACAAAAAUGUUUCCGACUUUAAAGUGUGGUUAAACCCAGGCACAAAAGAUAUUGGGGUUUGCCAGUCCUUAGAUGUGUUUUUUUUUUUUUUCUUUAUGUUUACCUGCUGUUACUGAAAAUAACCAAAGGUGGCUCCACUGCAAAUGUGGAGGGAGCUAUUGUUGUCCUCAAGGCUGGACAUCAAACAUGUCAUAGUUCAUCCCCAUUAUAUGGUGGAUGAGGAAAUUAGUAGUUAUUAUAGAAAAAUAGGAUUCUUUAUGUUUUCAGUUAAGGUUAGAGGAAUCACACGAGGCAUUGCAUUUUUGGACUUGCUGAAAAUAUUCUAAGGACUGAUAAGCUGCAAUAUAUUACAUUUUUGUUCUUGGGUUUAGUUAUCAUUUAAUUACUGUAUAUAACCAAUGUAAUUAAACUUCAUGACUAAACGUAUUGUGCUUAAAUUAUGGCGUGCUGGGUGAGAUUUCUUUGUGAACAAUGAUUUCUGUACUCAAAAUGUCGUCAUUUAUAUUUAUAACGUUGAUUAAUAAACUUAUUUUGAGCAAGUUA